GUCUUGGCUUACCUAACGCAGACACGAGGCUUUUUUUUUUUUUACCGUACCUCACUGAAGCUCGCAGGGCAACCGCGGUUUCUGUAAACGGAGGAUAAGUUAUAACCACAAACUCCGUGCGCAGUGUUAGUAAGAGCCAGGAAGUCCCCCCGUUGCGUCAUUUUAAAGCCUAAUGUAAAGCUGUCACAUGACCUUUUUCAUUGGAUUUAGCUUUUGUCCAGCUUCGCCAAUUUCAUGUUAGAUUUAAUAUGCGUAUGCUUCAUAUGCAGCUUACGUCCGUAGCUGUGGUAUCUGUACAAGGCCGUAAUAAUCACAGGGGAAGCCGUUAAUGGGAACAGUGGUUUUGAAAAAAUAAAUAAAUGUGUAUUUAUAAAGGAAGGCAGAAAAGCACGUUUCAAAAGUGAACUUUCUUAUUUACGAAUCAAUAUAGUAGGUUCGCUCUUCCUGUUAUAUCUUUUUAAGUUGAAUCUGCCGGAUUCGCACUCAUUUUUAAGACAUUUCUAAUGUUACAAAAGAUUUGUCAGAGAAUGGGAGAAAGUGUAAUCAUUCUUUUCAUUGACGUAUUAAGCAUCGAAACAAUACAAUAUUGCUAAUGGCAAGAAAUGUUUCCUGAGCAGCAAAUCAACAUAAUAAGAUCACGUGACACUGAAGACUGGGGGAAUGGCUGCUGAAAAGUAUGAAAAAAUACAAAUAUAAUUUUAAAAUAUGAAACCAUUUAAAAAGCAUCUCUUAAAAUGGUAACGUUUUAUAGCAGACAAAUGAACUGGAGACUCUAAACUUUUAGAAAACAGCAAUAAUCUCACAAAUUUCUUGGAGGCACCCAGAAAAGGUGAUGUCCUGACACGAAUGUGGGAUCAUUUCCAAAAAAAACUACGCUAACUUUAAUUCACUGGAAAGUCUUACACAUAGUGACAUGUGGGUGCUCAUUAUGUUGUUCAGUUCUUGAGAUUAGUAUAGACCACAGAAAAAUGUAUGAAACGGUCUUCAUGUUUCCACUUGUUUUCCUUUUGAAAACAUUGGAUUAUGCCUGUAUUCGCCUGUCAUCGAUGACUCUGGAUGACUAACAAACAUCACAGCAGCUGUGCUAUAACUGUAAAAAAUGCGUAUAGGAGAAAUGCUGAGGUUACCAGACUUUUUUUCAAGUUUAGAUUAACUUUUUUUCCCCUCAUUUGUUUAAAAUAAAUAAAUAAAUAAAUAUAUAUAAUAAUAAUUAUUAUUAUUAUUAUUAUUAUUAUUAUAUAUUUUUUUAUUUUAUUUUUUAUUCCCUACAGGAAGACGCUGUUUUUUCAUCGUAGGCUGUUCAAAUAACUGGUUUAGGUACACUUUACUGUGGUAAUGCGAUACAAGAAAACGAAUAUAAAUGAAAUCCUGCCGAGUUACAGGUUUGAUAUAUGUCUAAUAUUAAGAUCCUAAAGGUGAUCUUUAAGCGCCUUGCCGCAGACCCGCUCGCGCACGCAACCCCACGACGUCAGAUGUUUCUCCUCUUCUUUCCUCUGAAGCGCCUUCUUUGGAGCGCGGCGGUCACGUGGUCGUGUGUGGUUUAGAGGUGUUCGCGCGCCGCGCUCCUCCGCUGUAAUUUCAAUGGUGAUGGAUGAAGAGCGGACGCCUUCUUAACACCGCUUAGAGAUAUGAUGCAUGUAUCCACAACGUCACCGAGCGUCUUUUCUACGGCGAACGAGAGCAAGAAUGCGACCUGUGAUAUAUCCUACGAAGACGACCGCGUUCCUCUGAUGGUGCUCUACAUCGUAGUGUUCAUCAUCGGCCUGCCAGCCAACCUGGCCACGGUCUACCUCACCCUCCACCAGGUGUGUCGUAAGAACGUCCUCGGCAUCUACCUGCUCAGCCUGUCCUUGUGCGACCUCACCUACCUCUUCACCCUGCCUCUGUGGACGGUGUACGUCAAUCAACACCACGAGUGGCCCUGGAGCUCCUUGGCCUGCAAAGUGACCGGCUUCGUGUUCUUCAACAACAUGUACAUCAGCAUCUUCCUGCUGUGCUGCGUGUCCAUCGACCGUUACGUGGCGGUGGUCUACGCCAUCGAGUCUCGGGGCCUUCGGCAGAAACGCAUCGCGGCUCUAGUGGCGUUUUCCGUUUACGCGGUGGUCGGUUUGGGUCACUCGCCCGUCUUUGUCAUGUCUGAAGGCAACGCUGCCGAAGGAAAGCGCCGCUGCUUCGAGCCCGGUCACAGCUCAGGGUUAGUUACUGGAUUCAAUUACGCUCGCGUUUGCGUCGGCUUUUUCAUCCCCCUAGCCAUCCUGAUCUUCACCAAUAGAGCCAUUCUCACCAACGUUCAGGCCAGUACAGGCCUCCAGCCUCAUCAGAAAGUGAAGGUGCGCAACCUGGCUGUGGCUGUGGUGGCGCUGUUUUUGAUCUGUUUCGCUCCGUACCAUAUCAUCCUGCUGCUGCGAGCCAUCACCUUCCACUUCCCCAAGCUGCAACAGGACUGUCGCUUUAAACAGCACAUCUACAUGCCUUAUAAAAUCUCCUUAGGGUUGUCGACAUUCAACAGCGCCUUCAAUCCAAUUCUCUACGUGCUCUCCAGCAACAACAUCCGUCAGGAGAUCAGAAGAGGCAUGGCGUCGCUGUGUAACAAAGUCAGCUUGGGACAGUGCUCCACGAACAGCAGCCAGCACAACAUGCACAGCUCCAAAAGCAAUUCGGACCCCGUCACGAUAAAGGGAGGUCAGAUGAAGACAACUUGCCCCACUGCGUGAUAAAUUUUUUAGAUGCAUUGGACAUUUUUGUUGCGUUUAACUUGGAAGAGAGACAAAUCAAGGUUGUUGAUCAAUGCAACUUGGAGUUUAAACAGGUCUUGCAAAAAAAAAAAGGUGGAACUUCCUGUUUUUAUUAUGGUCUUUUCGCACCUCCUGAGCUCUUUCUGUCAGUUUCAGUGUAGCUGUCUGUGCUGAAUAUCCUGAGCGUCUUCUUCAGAUUGUUCUUGAUAAGCACAACCUCAAGAGUCAGUUAGAGGCAAUCUGACCUACUUUUAAAGUGACUCAUUUCAAAUGUACUUUUUGAUUGGCCUUUGUCUAAAACCAAUCGUGUCGAAAUAACUGAUAUUGCACUUGAAAGAAGUUCGCAAGACAGAAUAUUAGCAGAAAUUGCGCAUAGCCUAAUUCUGCUCAUGCAAAAGGUAUGAAUAGCAGUGAAUUUACAGAUAACUUUACUAACUGGGCAAAUUAUGACAAAUCCAGAGGACGAUUUAUUGUAGCAGCUCAGUACUUUGUAGACAUGAUUUCUGAUUCUAGCGGACAUGUGCAGCUGCAAUCUCAUAGGGUGUAACAAGCCAACCAAUCAGAUUAGAGCUUGCUGUUUCACACUGUCAGGAAAAAAAUGGCAAAAUUUGUACUUUCAGGGGUGUAAUAGUUUGCUACCGAGACAGAACCCUCAAGAGGACACCUUUAUACUAUACUAAGGUGCUAAUAUGCAUCCUAUGGGGGAUAAAAAAAAAGCCCCUAAAUUGUGCAGCGCUAUACAUGUAUAUGCAGAUUAUAUAUAUGUACCUUUAAUAGGAAUAUGUACACUUACUGUUACUAUUAUGAAUCCUUCAGGGGUAAAUAAGUUGACAUGAUGCCCUUUUAACGUUCUGCCUCGUGACAAGCCGCUGAACCCCUAAAAAUACUACAUGUAUCAUUUUUUUCCCUCUGAGAGUGUGGCAAGUGAUUGCCUUUUGUGUGCAAUAAAGCUUCAAAUGGAUGGUGUGAACAGACAUACAGCAUCACUUUUUUAUGUUCUCACAUAAUUUACUGUAAUAGAGAUUCAGUGUUUUAUUGUACAUUGAAUGUCAGUGGUAAACCGCAUGCCGUUUAGUGAUGACAGUGUUCUUUUUUUAUGUACAAGCAGAUUUCUUUAAAUUAUUUAGUGCGUUUGUUUAUAAGAUUUUAUAAUGGAUGCGUUUUGCAUUACGACUAUUUUGUUAUCAUGUUAUUUCAAUGAAUUUCCAGACAAUGGCUUUUUUAGGUGUAGCACUCCUAUUUUUGUUUUCCCAGUUUUCCUGUUUUCUCAUAUUUUAGUUUUGUAAACUAGGCCAUAAUAAAAUUGCAGCCAGGCGUUUCUCGUAAAUUCACCAGUACAUUAUGAUUGGUCAAUUGCACGUAAUGCUACUCUUUUAAAAACGGUAAAUAGCAAUAUUACAAGAGAAGCACAACACUUUUCUCAUGAACUUGGCAUGGCCUAAUUAUGUUUUUAAGAGUAUGAUGCAGAAAUGUAAAUAAAAUAUUUCAAAAGAUACUUGUUGGAAAAAACAAAUGUAUGCACAGUGAAAAAUGGAAUAAGUGAUAAUCUGUCAUUUAAGCAUUAUGUAUUGAAAACUGUUGGUUUCUGACGUCUGAUUAUUAAAAUUUGGGAAGCUGAAAACUA